CCGGCCCGUUCCUAACUCUGCCUGCUUGUUCUUGCGCCGCCGCGCUACGCCGUUCCCUUUCCCUUUCGUCGGAUCACUGUCCUUUCUUCCCCUCGAUCAGGUUCGCUUAGACAGACGGAGUGCUAUGUUCCAAUGUCUAUAAACAUUGUCCAAGGCGCGGCCUUGGUUUGUCUUGGCUGGAGCUGUACUGUCUUUCUCCUCCAACUUGUCGGCAUCACCAAGCUUUACCGCAACCACACCACACCUCUCCCCCCUCCCGCAUCGCCUUCAUUGCCCGAGAAUGAAGUCCCCCACGUUACCGUUAUCCGCCCUGUCAAGGGCGUAGAGGUUGGCCUGUACGAAUGCCUCGCCUCGACCUUCCGGCUCGUCUACCCCAAGUCCAAGCUCUCGAUCCGUCUCUGCGUCGAUUCCAAGAGCGACCCAGCCUACCCCGUCCUCUGCCAGCUCGUGGUCGAUUUCCCCAAUUUCGACGCGCAGGUUCUCGUUGAGGAAGAAGACCCAAUCCUCCACGGUAGUGCCGGCCACGUCAACAACCUAGGCCCAAACCCCAAGAUCCGCAACAUCAGCCGCGCAUACCGCGAGGCAAAGGGCGACGUCAUCUGGAUCGUGGACUGCAAUGUUUGGGUGGCCAAGAACGCAGCAGGGAGGAUGGUUGACAAGCUCUUUGGCUUCCAACCCAACAGCGGCGGCGGCAUUGACAGAACGACCCCCUACAAAUUCGUCCAUCAGCUUCCCCUCGUGGUAGACCUAGACAACAGCUCCUCCGGUGCCAGCGCCGUCACCAAAUCCACCUCAGCCGAAGAACAAUCCCUCCUCCCUUCCACUGUUCCCAAAGACAAUCAGAACCGAAACCAAGGCCUCCUCGCCCACGGCGGCCGCCUCGAAGAAAUGUUCAUGUCCACCACCCACGCCAAGUUCUACGGCGCCAUCAACGCCGUCGGCGUAGCCCCUUGCAUUGUCGGCAAGUCCAACAUGUUCCGCAAGUCGCACCUCGACGCCUUCACCACCGUCUCCUCCAACCCUUUACUCCACUCUUCGGACUCGACCCGCGGCACCGGCAUCGAUUUCUUUUCCUCGUACAUCUGUGAAGACCACCUGAUCGGCGAUUUAAUCUGGCGCUCCUCCUUCCCCGGCUCCAUGGGGUACAAAAACCACGGCCUCGUCUUUGGCGAGGUGGCCGUCCAACCCAUGGCAGGCAUGUCCGUCGCCGCGUACAUUGCGAGGCGCGUGCGCUGGCUGCGCGUGAGGAAAUGGACGGUUUUGGCUGCGACGCUGGUGGAGCCGGGCGUGGAGAGUCUGGUGUGUUGUGCGUAUUUUGCCUUUGCGGUGACUACGCUGCCGUGGUUCAACAGCACGUUUGGCGUGCCACAGACGUGGAGCGCCAUGGCUACUUUGUGGUCUGGGGCGGUGACGAUCUGGAUGUCGAUUGAUAGGUGGUUGACCAACAAGCUGUUCCGGCUGCAUAGUUUGGAUGUGGAUGAGAACACACCCUUCUUCGCCAGGGGCACGGCAAGGACAGGGGGAACGACACAGAGACCAUUUAGGGAGUGGAUUGCCGCGUGGUUAGGAAGAGAGUUUCUGGCACUGCCUAUUUGGACCACGGCCGUAUUGCUGGGCACAACGGUCAAGUGGAGGGGAAGACAGUUCAAGGUUCGGAUGGAUAUGAGCGUGGUGGAGGUGGAUGAUAGGAAGAGCCGGGCUGAUGUUAUCGGUGGGAGCAAGCCCAGACCGAGGAUGGCUGGCUCACCGGAUAGUAAAGACCGCGUAGAUUAAACGAGUACAUACGGUAUUUGAGAGACCUUUGGGCGGAAAGAGGAGUAAUGAGACUUUAUGCCAUGAUACCUACAUAGAUAGAAAG